GCUGUAGUUAACGGCUGCGUUUCAUCUCCUUCCUUUUUCUUUAGUUAGUGCCCUCUAGCAUAUAACGUUAGCUAGUAACGUUAAUGCUUUUCAGCGGAAAGAUGAAGAACUGGGCUAAACGAUAGUGUAGCUAACGCUAACCUGUCCUGAAGUGUAACCUGUCUAAACUAUUAACUAACGUUACCCUCUGUUGAAGGUACUGGUGGGCAGAGUUCAUUGUCCUCUUCAAUAAGCAAUGCCCUGAUUGUGUGACUGGAAGUGACUGUGAAAGUAGAGUGCAUCCAGAAUCAGAAAGAUGGCCUCAGCACAGAUGCCACCAGCGGGCAUACUGGACCUGGAUUUCAGGCUGGGCUCUGUGUGCCUGCUGUUCUCCUCAACUCUACUUUGUGGAUUUACUUUGCUCUGGGUUCUGAGAGGAACAGGGAGAUGUGGAUUAUAUUCAGGCAAGUUUUUUUUUAUAUUAAAAUAUUUUAAGUAUGAAAAUCACAUUUAAAUGUGUGUCUGUCAUAAGCAUUUAUUUUUUUGCAAGCAGAAUUAGUCCCUGAGGCAUACAAUUUAAAAUAAAAUAUAUUAUAAAUGAUUAAAUCUAACUCCAAGUGUUAAUGUCUAUGCUCUUGCUCCUGUGUUGUAAAGAGAGUCGUUACAGAGCUCUGGAUCUGCUGGGCUGCUGUGCUGCAGGGGUUUUCCUUGCCAGCUCAUUGCUCAACAUGGUGCCCAGCUACAUGAUUGGAAUGACUGAGACAUUUAGUAACUUGGGAGUGACACUUCGUUUUCCCGUUCCGGAGUUCAUUCUGGCCAUGGGCUUCCUCUUAGUGGUGGUCAUUGAGCAGGUUGUCCUGGCCCUUAAAGAACAGUCAGGCAUUUACAUGACUGAAAAAGAAGCUCUUCUGGUGGGUUCCAAUGUACAGCCACAUGACCGUCACCCACAGUGCUCUCAUCAGUACUCUAGGACAGUUCAGUUCAAAGGAAGAGGUUUUGGGGGGGAUGCGGAUGUCAGCUCCCUGUCCACCAUCAGAAUUUUUGUCUUGGUUUUCUCGUUGUCUCUGUGCUCAGUGUUUGAGGGUUUGGCAGUUGGUCUGCAGGAGGCUAGUGGUCAGGGGCUCAACCUCAGUCUGUCCCUGCUGUUCCGUAAAGGCCUGAUUGCUCUCAGCCUGGUCAUCAAACUCACGCAGGAUCAGUUGCGGAGGGUCGCAGUGACCACCUGCCUGCUGCUGUUCUCUGCAACAUGUCCACUUGGGGCAGUGCUGGGUAUUAGCCUCCGGCAAACCCACACCACUCCUCAGUACCAGCUGGCUCGCUCCACUCUGCAGGGUCUGGCAGCAGGGAGCUUUCUCUACAUCACUGUAAUGGAGGUGUUGACUUAUGCACUGAGCUCCAGUGGACAACGGAUCUCCAAGGUCACUUUACUCCUCACAGGCUUCACUGCUGUUACUGUGCUCUUGCUCUGUCUGAACUGAGACUGCAACGGAUGCAAAAGCAUAAUGGAAACUAUUUACAUGCUGAUUUGUAGUCAUGAGACUGGCUAGAAUAGUUGCUCAUUUUGCUUUGCUCAGCAGAAUAAUAUAUGAAAUGAAAACAUUUAGGACCAAGCAAUGUGUAUAAAAAAAACUUAUUGCAAUGUAUUUUUUUCCAUAUCAUUCAACAUUGUUUAUUGUUAAACAUGUUUUUGUUUGAAUAACAGUAUAAACCGUAAAUAAACUGUCAGUAUUCAAAAGGA